GAGACUCACACCCUUGUCUUCCGCUUUAAGCCGGGCCUCCGAUGCAAGUGAGGUAUAGCCAUGAGCGCCCCCUCCUUGCAUACCUCGAGUCAACCUACAAUCUAGCGAGAGAAAGAAGGCAUGUUGUUGGUGUGCAUGUCGUGGUGGCUCGAUUAAAAAUUGGUGCAGGUCUUGCAAAAGAAAGUAGGCACCCACCAUUGUAAUUUUAAUGGAGAGGAGGAACAGAGGGGGUCGAGUGGUCAUUUGACAUUUGGAGUGGUGGCCAAUUUGGAGGAAGAGAAAUAUAGAAAUGCGAGGACCUGUCCAAAGGGAAGAGGAGGAGGAGGAAUAGCGACUUGUUCUCUUUUCUCUGUCUGCUGCGAUUGCAGGAGGAGGAAGAAAAAGAAUUGCAACAAAGAGAGCGGGGAGAUCGGGGAGACAGGGAUGGAAGAGUCCUGGAAGAGGUUUUCAACUCCGCAGGAAGACAACGAUGUCUUCGUGGUCUAAAUCUCUCCUGAUCCGUAAGGCAUGCAACCUUAGCUAGCGUAACGUGAAUUGGACCGCUAUGAUGAUGAAGAGAGAGAGACCAGCAUGGGCAUAGCGACACAGCCAUCCCAGCUUCCUUUCUCCUACCUCAGCCCACCCAGGGUCCUCACGAAGCCGCUGGCCGGGCCUACUUCUCCGACGUCUAUGUCCCAAGGCUUCCACCAAGGCAUCUUCAGCUUCUCCGAGGGCUUCGACCGCUCUGCAAGCCAAGAGCAGCAGCAGCACCGCCACCACCACAUCCCGCAGCAUAGCAGGAGGGACAAGCUAAGGGUGCAAGACCUGGAUGUCGCCGGUCACCCGCUGGUCCCGAUCGGUGAUCAAGGAGAUGAGACAAACAUCUACGAAUCCGCUGCUGUCGGUGCCGGCAACAUGUUGUCGGACAUGUUCGAUUUCCCGGCAACGGGACCGACGGCGAUCGACCUGCACGCUAACCAGAUCUCUGGAGGCUAUCAUUUGCCGCCGAGGCCAGCGGCCAUGCCCGGCUUCUCUGGGGACUGGUACGGCCUGAACCGACAGGAAAGCCAGCAGCAGCAGCAACAGCAUCCGGUGACAGGUCUGAGCACAGAUUCGGCAGCUGCGAUGCAACUAUUUCUCACGAAUCCUCCACUGCAGCCGCCGCCACACCAGCGGAACCCAAGGUCUUCAUCUCCGUCUCUGCCGGCUCCUCCUCCAACUUUCCACCAGCAACAUCAAGGCUUCCGAGCAGUCGAAGAGUCUCCCUUUGGUGGAAGAGCGGUAGAAGGCCAAGGUCUGUCGUUAUCUCUUUCUUCAUCUCUGCAGCAGCUGGAAAUGGCCAAAGCCGAUGAUCUAAGAGUUAGGCAAGCAGCGCUAUACCUCAAUAACCAACAGCAAAACCAGCAGCAACCGACGUUGCAUUUUCAAGGUCAUAUCCCAGGAGCUCAAGUUCAUGGCCACGGUCAGCAGCUACACAUGGGCUAUAGCAGCAUGGGCGUGGUGAAUGUGCCGAGGAACUCCAGGUACACAAAGGCGGCGCAGGAGCUACUGGAGGAGUUCUGCAGCGUGGGGAGAGGACAACUGAAAGGGAGUAGGGUAGGGAGACACCGUGGCAGCACAUCGAACACUAACCGUAACCCUAGUGGCGGCGGCGGUGGUGGUGCUGGAGGUGGAGGUGCUUCCACCACCUCUUCCAAAGACGUUCCUCCCUUGUCUCCUGCCGACAGAUUCGAGCACCAGAGAAAGAAGACCAAGCUCAUCUCCAUGCUUGACGAGGUGGACAGAAGAUACAACCACUACUGUGAUCAAAUGCAGAUUGUGGUGAAUUCCUUCGACUCGGUGAUGGGGUUCGGAUCUGCAACCCCGUACACGGCUCUGGCUCAGAAGGCUAUGUCGCGGCACUUCCGGUGCCUCAAGGAUGCCAUUGCGGCACAAUUGAAGCAAACAUGCGAGCUCCUUGGGGAUAAAGAAGGCGCGAGUAGCUCCGGCGUCACCAAGGGAGAAACCCCGAGGCUUCGGUUGCUGGAUCAGAGUUUGCGGCAGCAACGGGCAUUCAAUCAGAUGGGCGUGAUUGAGCAAGAAGCCUGGAGGCCUCAACGAGGAUUGCCGGAGCGUUCGGUCAAUAUCUUGAGGGGUUGGCUGUUCGAGCACUUCCUUCACCCGUAUCCCAGUGAUGCAGAUAAGCAUUUGUUGGCGAGGCAGACAGGGCUCUCCAGAAAUCAGGUCUCCAACUGGUUCAUUAAUGCAAGGGUGAGGCUAUGGAAACCAAUGGUGGAGGAGAUGUACACGCAGGAGUCCGAGGACAAGGAGGAAAGAGAGAGUGAAACAAGCCAACAAAGAACACAAUCACCAAUGCAACAGCAGCAAGGACUCAGACCGGAAACCAAUGCCGCAUCCGAAAGUGAAGCCUCUCCCAGCACGUCUUCCAUCACCCAGCGCAAUCAUCGGUUGGUGUCCUCCGACGACAACCCACCGCCCGGUCUGUCUGCGACUCACCAAUCAACAGGCGCAGUAGACGACAGCGUCCUCAUCGGCGAUAUGUACCACCACUACGGGGUUGCCGCCACCUCUGCUUUGGGCCCGGCUGCAGGAAUGAGGUUUGGAGCCGCCGGAGAUGUGUCGCUCACGCUCGGGCUACGGCAUGCCGGCGGCAGUACAUCCGAGAAGAGCCGGUUCUCAGCUAGGGACUUUGGCGGCUGCUAAUGCCACCAAAAGGGUUCGAGGUGAACAAGAUCCAAAGGAAACAUAAGAUUAGCUGAGAAGAUCCCAAGUCGGCCACUGUAAUCUUCUUGGAUUUGCAACAAAUAUAUAGCAAGAACAUAGGAAUCUAUGGUAUAGAAUUAUUUUGCAGGUUUUUCCCUUCUUUAACAUUUCUCUCUGUAUCUAAGAACACAUGUCGGUGUUGGGGAAUAAUUACAAGAAUACGGAUUGUUGACA